AGUUGUCAUGGAGAUGAGGGGUAGAUCUGAUGCUUGCAGCUCGAGAUUCAAGUGAACGAUUUUUUUAGCAGCAACGACGGAACUGUUGACAAGAAUCCGAUUCUAGUUCACAGGCAGACCACCCACACAGCCUUACCAAAAUGCAGGAGAUGAGGAACGGGAUGAUGCACUUCCCACCACCUGUGAGCAGAGACCGGGUCAUAUCCAAGUUCCCAAAGUGUUAUACUCCACAGGCAUGUCUGCAGAUUAAGGAGGAUUGGGAUACCCAGGCCAAGGCUGCCUGCAAAGAAAGAACUGACAGGCAUCAGGGAUGGGACAGACUGAAGAUGUCCAAAGCAGUGGUUGUUGGUGACCUUAAUGUGGGCAAGACCUGCCUAAUAAACCGGUUCUGCAAAGAUGUAUUUGACAGAGACUACAAGGCUACCAUAGGAGUGGACUUUGAGAUUGAGAGGUUUGAGCUCUCAGGAGCUCCAUUCUCCCUUCAGAUCUGGGACACAGCUGGCCAGGAAAAAUUCAAAUGCAUCGCUUCAGCAUACUACAGAGGAGCUCAGGUGAUAAUCACAGUAUUUGACAUGGCAGACAUUAAGAGCUUGGAGCACUCAUGGCAGUGGUUAGAUGAGGCCAUGAGGGAGAAUGAACCUGGCUCCUGUUCUGUUUUCUUGGUCGGAACCAAGAGUGACCUACUUGUUCCAGAGGAGCGCCAGAGGACUGAGAGAGACGCCAUCAAGAUAGCAAAUAAAAUGAAAGCUGAGUUUUGGUCUGUUUCGGCCAAGACAGGGGAGAACGUGCAGGGGUUCUUCUUCCGGGUGGCAUCUCUGGCCUUUGAAGACUCUGUACUGAAGGACAUGGAGAAAGGGAUCACCUCCACUCGAAUAGGAGGAGGAGACAGCAUUAAAUCUGACAGAGCCAACCUGGAGGAGCCCCAGUCCAGAGCAGUGAAUACGAAUUGCUGCUGAGAAAAGAGAAGAGGACUUGAAGUAGGAGUCAAGAGAAGGAAGGAGAGUGAGAUGUGUAGAAAGAUAUUGAAAUAGUGGAUUUUAAAAGUGGAAAGAGCCGCGACUGACAUGUGCCUCUUUUUCUCAGUCUUCACUCGUGUCAUUCAUACGUGGACACACAAGUGUCUACAACCUUUAUAAUCAUCAUUUAGUACUGCCAUUUUGGGAUGUAAUGUAUCAACUUCCUUGAUUUUAACCCGGUCAUCAAUGACCUUUAUUAUAUGCAUUUUAAAGUAUUUUAUAAAUUCAGUAUUUUGUCGAAUUUUGGAAUUUAGGGUGCAUUUCAGGCUCAUUUGUAGAAGUGGUUUGAUAGUUUAUGUAAUAUACUGUAUUAUCAUUAUGUAUUGUGUAGCCCUAACAUUCUGCAGAUACAUUUACAAUAAUUUUAUUGCAUAUUCUUGUUAUUACUGCUAACCUCGUUCCUAGGCUGAAUUGUUUCUGCACAGAGACAGAGCUGGAUGGUGAUGACAAAAUAAUCAAAAUAAAGUUUCAUAUUUUUG